GCUUCCUCGCAACCCCAAACCCCAACUAGUCCGAUCGCCCUCGUUGGGAAAAAAAGGCCGAAGAGAUGAACAGGAGAUUCGAAUUCUCCGGCCGGUAGUAUCGCCGGACGGCCACCGGAGGACUCCGAAAGUGACACGCUUUAUGGCGGUGGGAAGUUAUUCCAUUCUUUUUGCUUUGGAAGUCGAGCGCGGCGAUUGCAGCUGGGAUGGGUUAUUAAUGGCGUCGGUCGCGAUCAUUUGAUUUCUUCUUUUCCUCCCCUUUAUUUGAUGAGUUCCUGAUGGCCUUUUCUUUCAUCCGAGUUUUCUUGGUCGUUGCGUUAAUUCGUGCUCUGGAGUCGUUUUCGUAGGGUUAAUUCCACCAUUUUUGGCUCCAUUUAAGGGAGGAUUUUUGGCUUCCGAACUUUAGAAAUGGAGCGGUAGUGAUCUCUACUCGAUUUCUUUAGCUUGGGUUGAGAUAAAGAGAUUAAGGAGUGAGGGUGCUUGGAUUUUGGGGAAACCAUGCCGUUUCCCAUGAAGAUCCAACCGAUCGAUGCGAUGGACAUUCUGAGGAGCGAGCGGGCCAAGCCGGUGGCGAAAUCACGGCUGAAGCGGCUCUUCGAGCGGCAAUUCCAAUUCCCGGCCGUGCGGAGGAUAUCUUCGGCCGAGAAGCUUGCCGCCGCGGCCGUUGAUUCGGAGCCGAGCUCGUUGUGCCUAGACAAGAUGGUCCAGAGCUUCAUGGAGGACAACAACAGCGAGAAGCCGUCCCGCUGCGGCCGCCACCGCUGCAACUGCUUCCAUGGUAACUGCGACGACAGCCCUGACGUGGACACUGACUUCCCUGCCGUCACAGGCGACGCCCCUCCGAUAAUCCCCACCACCUCCGAUGCCGCUGAGUUCGUCAAGGGUUUGGUGCUCUGUACGAGUGUGGCGGAGAGGAAUCUCUUGGCGGACGCGUCGAGAAUCGUGGAGAAUACCAAGAUCGGCGGAAAAUGGACAGAAGAUUCCAGAAGGGCCGUCGCCGACGGCCUCCGCGCCCUCGGCUACGACGCCGCCGUCUGCAAGUCUCGCUGGGAGAAAUCCACCUCCUUUCCGGCCGGGGAAUACGUGUACGUGGACGUGAUCGUGACCAGGGAGCGGUUGCUGGUGGACGUGGACUUCCGAUCGGAGUUCGAGAUCGCACGGUCGACGAAGAGCUAUCGGGCUGUGCUGCAAUCGCUCCCGUGCAUCUUCGUCGGGAAGGAGGACCGGCUGCAGCAGAUCGUCGCCGUCGUCUGCGAGGCGGCGCGGCAGAGCCUCAAGAAGAAGGGCCUCCACUUUCCGCCGUGGCGGAAGCCCGAGUACAUGCGGGCCAAGUGGCUCUCCUCCUACGAGCGAACGGCCCCGAUCAUCUCCUCAGAAACCAGGGAACAACGAUCCAACGGCGAAGGAGAAGUCCAAGCGAGAGGAGAGUCGGAAUAUGGAAAGGAGAAUGACAACAGCGGCGGCCGCGGCGCUGGCGCUGCCCAUUCGAUCGUGGCCAAGGAAGUAGUAGCCACCGCUGAGGCGGCAGCGGAGGAGGUCACGGUGGCGGGGUUGCCGUGGCAGCCGCCGGCGGUGAAGCCGAAGGCCGCUCAUAGUGGGGCGAAGGUAGUCACCGGUUUGGCUUCUGUUCUCAAAGAGAAACCCUGAUCUUCGAAUUUUUGGCUUUUCUUCCUGAGAAAAAUAGAUAAAACCGGAAAAAUUCCUCUUUUUUUUUUUUUUUUUGGUUUGGCGCCCUUUUGUGGGCUUGUGAGAAGAGAAACUCCCCUUGAUUAAUAUGAUAUUAUCAUAGAGUAACAUAUCUUUUGUAAAUAUCUAAUUUGGGCGCCCCGGCCGACCAGCAUCUGGUACGCGUUUAUAGUAAUUUUAUUUCAUUUCAUUUCUCAGCUUUAAUUAAUUAA